GUGUUUUUGCAUACUGCGUAUGUCCUUUGUCUGGACCUUUUUUUUGGACUUCCUCCUCUCUUAAGAGGAGUUUUUGCUUAUAUCUUACAAACCCAUAAGAAACAAUGGUGUAUGGGCGACUAAUGCCCAACCAGCCAUAAAAGAAAGAAGAAGGAGAAGAUGUUUUACCGUAGCACGAAAAGUGAAUCUGGCCAUGUAGUUCCACCAGCUCUAAAAUGGAUCUAGUUGACGCUACUGUACCAGCUAGAAAAAGUGUCUUACGAAAAACGGCGGCGUGACCUCUCUCAGGCUUCUCUCUGCGAAACUUUCGUAACGUCAAAGGGAGCGCAUCUAAAGUAUUUGUUGUAUGGAUGUAAUUGCAGCGUAAAAUUGUAAGCGCAUUUUUAAAAAGUCACGUCAAAGCUAAUCAAGGCACAGCUGAUUUCAGAAUGUGUGUUUAAAAUAUAUAUACGUAUUCAUCAUUUUAUUGAAAAAGUACAACAAAAGAGUUGAUGUUACAUGUAUAUUACAAUUGAUCUGAGUGCUGUUAUGUUAUAAUUAUUAACAAUUGGAAGUAUUCAUUUUUGACAGUUUGUUAAACAACGAAUUAUAAUGGCAUCAAGCAGAAGUACGAGAGAAGUUCUAUUAUCAUUAGUGGAUGAUAUUGAGCUAAUAGCAAAAGAAAUUAUAGAAAACACCAUCGCUCAAAAACCUUCAAAGCUCUCUAGUACAGAGCACGCUCAACUAACUGAAUUGUUGGUUGCCAAGGAUAAUGAAUUAAAGGCGACAUUGAAACAAGCUGCCGAACAAGCCAAGAUUAACCUAAAGAUGGAAGCUUUGAAAGCUGAAGUAGAAAGACAGGAUCAAGAUAUUCAACAACUGCAGAGGCAAUUAAAAGAGGCGGAACAGAUCUUAGCUACUGCAAUUUACCAAGCAAAGCAAAAAUUACAGUCUAUUGCACGUGCUAAUAAGAGACCUGUUCCCUCAGAAGAGCUUAUUAAAUAUGCACAUAGGAUAAGCGCAACCAAUGCAAUUUGUGCACCAUUGACAUGGCAGCAAGGAGAUCCCAGAAGACCAUAUCCAACAGAUAUCGAAAUGAGAUUAGGAUACCUGGGACGAUUAAGUGAUUUACCUUUAAAUGGACAAUUGCUUGGAUCUCAUCCAGGUAUACCAUCUGAUUUGCAUAGAGCAGGACAUCCUGCUGGAGAACCACCUGUUUCACAAUCAAAUCAAUUUGCUUGGCAUCCAUCAGGAGAGAUUCAUAUGUCUGUUGGUGGACAAGGGAGCGUGGCUGUGAAUACACAUAAACAAGAAACUGAAGAUGUUGAAGUUAUGUCUACAGAUUCUUCGAGUAGCUCGUCCAGUGAUUCUCAAUAAAUGUAAAUACUGUAUUAGAAGAGUAUAUCAACAUUUAUUACUGAUUAGAGGUACAUUCCAACAGAAUUUUUGGUAGAAAUUUAUGUAACGUGGCAGAAGUGUAAUACAUCUCGGGAUUGGCCUGUAACAUAAAAAGGAAUGAUAAUACGAAAAAUAUAAAAAAUAUUACAUAAUCUCUGAAUUUUGUACUAACUUGCAAAACUUGCUCGUUAAACUGUGAUUUUUGAAAUAAAACAUUUUCAUUAGUAAAUGUCAAACCAAAUAAAUUGCAAUCUGCCUGG